AUGAUCCACCCUUCAUCCAAUUCAAACAUGGUUGAGGACGACAAUACUUGUGCGCCUCCGCCAUCACUAAGCUCAUACAGCAUUGAGAUGCUAAAUUCAAGACGAAAUAAGUCCCCAGUGACGGGGGUCUAUCAUCAAGAUUUUCCCGAUAGGUCGUCGGAUUUGCGAAAGAAAUUCAUCGCAGUUUUUGGUCAUACAACAACAACUACCGAAAACUCACUUUCAGAUGGCCUUAUGGACGAUAAGUCGGGAUCAACAUCGAAGUCGACAAUUACCAGUACAGAAAAUCGGUUCAAGAGGAGAAGGUAUGGCAAGUUACUAGGUGCUCCAAAACGAGCAAGUGAAAACAAUACACUAGAAGAUGAUUUCAUUGAUGAGGAGUUGAUCAAGAGGAACGUUGAGGAGAGAAACAAGACACCAAACAAACAGCGCCAACCUUUAGGUGAUAUUUCGAAUACAUUUAGAAGACCCGAAACGCCGAAGAAGGAGGCACCAGUCAGAGUAUCUCCACUACCGCCAACGCCAGCACCAGCAUCAAAAGCACAAGCAGCACCAGCACCAAAAGCACCAGCAGUACCAGCACCAAAAGCACAAGCAGUACCAGCACCGAAAGCACAAGCAGCGCCUGCAAUGUUGGCAAUGUCAGCGGUGCCAGCAGCACCGGCUCAAACCCAACCAACCACAGCGACUCCUUCAGACUCGCGGACCUUUAUUGUCAACAACAAAAAGUAUGAGAAAUUGGAGCUACUAGGAAGAGGAGGAUCAUCCAAAGUUUACCGCAUAAAAGCAGCUAAUGGACACCUGUUUGCGUUGAAAAAAGUAACGUUGAAUUCAGCAGAAGAGACUUCAUCAUUCAAGCGCGAGAUUGAGCUACUCCGCAAAUUGAGGAAUUACAAAAGAGUGGUGAAACUUUACGAUAGUGAGGUGACAAAGUCGUCAAUAUAUCUAAUUAUGGAGAAGGGAGAUAUAGACUUGGCCAUGUUGUUUCAAAACAGACUCAAUAUGAAUCUACCUUUGGACUUACAAUUCGUUAGAUACCACAUUUCAGAAAUGUUCAAGUGUGUGAAAGAUGUACACGAUGCAGGCGUUGUGCACAGUGACUUGAAACCGGCAAACUUUCUCAUGGUGCGAGGGAUUUUGAAAAUCAUUGACUUUGGAAUAGCGAACGCAGUGCCUGACCAUACGGCCAAUAUCUAUCGAGAGUCUCAAAUAGGAACGCCAAACUAUAUGGCUCCUGAAGCGUUGGAAGAAAUGGCUGAGGCAAAGAGUACUACCUGGAGAGUUGGUAGGCCAUCUGAUAUUUGGUCGUGUGGGUGUAUAAUGUACCAAUUCAUCUACGGAAGACCUCCAUAUGCCUCGUUGACUGGUACAAAAAGAAUAUUGGCAAUCAUGAAUCCCCAGUAUAAGGUACAGUAUCCGGAAUUGGGUAUUGGUGGUGUUCGCGUGCCUCAAAGUGCCAUAAAUCUAAUACGCAACUGUCUUGCUCGUGAUCCCGAUGACCGUUGGACAGUGGAGCAAUGUUUGCAAAGUGAAUUUUUCCACCCAAAGGUGGUUGAUGAAAACUUUGUUUCCAAAAUUGUACACCAAAGUGUAAACUUGGGCUACAACAAGAGGAUCUCGGGCGAGGGAAUCACAACCGAAGCUUACGACUCUUUGGUCAAUGACAUUAUAGAUCAGAUUAGAACUUAUAAUUGCUAA